GACCUCCUGGACGUUCAGACGGUUGCGACGUUCUUCUCUUUGCACGCCGACACCGCGGAGGCGGUGAAGCUCGCGGCGGCGGGCCACAAGACUGACCUCGAGUACCUCUUGCUGAAGAGUUUCAGCUCGUACCACCAGCUCGACAGCCCGAGCGCCGAGCAGAAGAAGCAGCUGCGCCUCGACAUAUCGAGGGAGAUGGCCUCGCGCGUCCACGCUGGCACGGUGCUCGUCGACAACUUGGCUGACGUCUUGGCGGUGGCGGUGCGGUCGGCGAAGCAGGGGCGCUACUCGAAGAACGAGCAGCAGUAG